GGGUUAUUCCAUGUUUGAUCAAUCGAACAAGAGUGUUUUGAAAGUAACAAGUUUGGAGUUUGUCUCUACGAAUGAUUCUUCAAUUUAUGGUUUUCCAAAACAAAUUCCUUUGCAUCAUUCGUACAAAGCCAAUCAUUUAGAAUUCGAGAUUAAUCCUAUUGUGAAAGAAGGUAUUACAAGUCAUACUUAUUCACUCAAUGACAGACAUUUAUUUUGUCUUUCAUCUUGGAAUGGUAUGACAUUUCUUGGAAAAAUGGAUGAAAAUAAUUUGGAAUUGGCCAAUUUUAAUCAUUCUUUACCAGUAAUUAAUUCAGUAAUGGAUGCAAAUAACGUUGUAUAUAGUAGUACAAUAGAUGGAAAAAUUCAUUCUAUUGAUUUUGUAAAACAGACUUGUAAUAAUGACAUCUGUGGUGGUGAUAAGACCCUCCGUCCUGGAAAAAUCAAAUAUUGCCAUUCCCUGAAUACUAUUAUAUCAAACCCAUUCGAUGGAUCAGCUUUUAUAUCGUAUGAUAUCAGAAACAUUCAUGAAGGAGUCACUUUGCCAAUGCAUAAUGCAUCUGUAUUCGAUAUUAAUUUUCCAUUUAUGGCUACUUGUAGUGGUAAAACUGUUAAAAUAUAUGAUAUGACAAGAGAUAAGGAGAUCUAUUCAGCUGAAAUUAUUGGCGUCUUUGGAUUUAUUACAACAGUUAAUUUCAAAAACGAUCCAGAGAGAGGCAUAAUUUUGGGAACAACUGGAGGUCAAAUUAUUUUACAUAAUUUGGUCAAUUUUCAUUUUGAAUCCAAUGAAUAUCUUUCAAUAUUUAAAAGUCCAUCAGGCUACCCUCAAAACCAUGUAUAUCCUGUAAAUAGUGUUGAUAUAAUUGAUAAUAAUUAUUUAUUUAUAACAGGAUGCAAUACUUGCAAAGUUGUAAAUUUAAAACAAUCAAGAGAGUUAUUUCAAAUCAAACCUAAAAAUAGUGAAACAACGCAAAUAUGUAGUUUUGGAGCUGUUAACCAUGACAAAUCAUUAUUUUCAUUUGGAAUGACAACCAACCUUUAUCAGAGUGUAGAUACUAUUGGUCCACCUGCUAAACUUGGCUUUUAUAAACUAGAUGAUUUGAAAGAGAUGUCAAGGUAUGGAUUAUCAUCUGCAAUUUUCUCUAUUCAAGAUCCAGAGAAUCCAAUUACUUGCGAUUUUGAUAAGAAUAUUCGUAGAGAAAUAAUUGUUUCUGAAAUGUCUAAAAUGCCAAACACCAAUUAUUUUGACAUGUUAAAACGAAGAAAAGCAAGUAGCAAUAUUGUAAAGCAAGCUUAUAGGUUUGAUUUACCGAACGAACUUGUUGGAAAAAUUAUUGAAUAUAUAGAAACUCGACAUUAUCCAACAAUUUCAUCUGUUAACAGACAAUUCAGAGAAUGCUUAUUCGAGAAGAAAUCCAUCACAAUUCCACUACUUUUUGAUAGGAAUUUCUUUACCAAGUUUUUGAAUGAAUUCAAGAAUUUACAGACUAUUACCCUGAAAGGAGAGGCAGUCAGAUGUAUCAAAGCCCUGACUACAAAAGUCAAAUCCAACCUGAAAACUCUGGUGGUUAUAUCUCCAUCUACAUUUUUAUGUCCAACAAUCAAGACAAAUUGGUUUUUCAAGGGACCUAAUUUGGAGAGUUUGAUAAUUUAUAAUUGUAAAAAGUUGAAAAUAACUUCUAGAUAUCCAAACUCAUCUCUCAAAAAACUUCACAUUAUUAAUUGUGGCAUUAUAGGAAUGUUUGAGUGUUAUAGCUCUAUCACAGAUUUAGAUAUUUCAGGAUCCAAUAUUGAUUCACCUAAAUUACACACCUCAUUAAGAAAGCUUAAAUUGAGUGGAAAUGACAACCUAGAUCAGUUUGAACACUUACAUUUAAUAACGCAUCUCUGCCUUUCUGUUGAAAGAGUUAUUCCAGAGUUAACACUUCCACAAUCAAUCCAAUAUUUAGAUAUUUCAGGAUGUAAAAUUGUAAAAAUCCUACCAAGACUUCCUAAUUUGACUCAUCUAGUAAUGGAUAGAUCUGAUGUAAAGGUUGAUUUUGAAAAUUUGGGAUCUCUUGUUCACCUAUCAAUGAAAUACAUCUGCAAUACUGAACCUCUUGCAGUGGUGAUCAGAAACAAAACACUUUCUUCAAUAUCAAUUUUUGGAUCCAACAUUGAAUCAUUUAACAUUGACUGCCCUUUAUUGACCUAUCUCAAUGUAGGAAGCACGUGUAUUAAGGAUGAUCAAUUGGGCAAUUGUUUGAAUAAGCAUUUUGGGCUUAAAUAUUUGCACACUCCAGAUUGUAUAUUUAUUGAAAAUCCAUUGAAAUCUGUAGAAACUAUUUUGGAUUCAUUAUGCUUGUGGAAUUCAACAAGAUCAACUGUAGACUUUUCACAAGUUGAUCUCACUAAGAUUCCCAACAUUAAAAUUCAAUGUUAACCG